GAAGCGUCUCAGUGCGAUCAUGAGUCUCCUGCUCCUCUUCCUCCUCCGGCUCUCGCACGGACUCCUCUUCACCAGAGACCCGGGCUGGGUCGCCUCGGACCCGGGCUGGAACCGGACCGGCUCCGGGUCGCAGCUCGUGUCCGUGUCCGCGGACCUGAGCUCCGUCCUGCACCGGGUGGACCCGCGGUUCCUGUCCGUGACCAUCGACUCCAGCCUGGGCAGCGAGGAGAGCUUCAUGUACCUGCUGAGAUCUCAGAAGAUCCGGACGUUGGCCAAAGCUCUGAGUCCCUCGUUCCUGAGGUUCGGUGGAACGAGACAGGACUUCAUGGUUUUCACUCCUGAGAGGAAACAUCUGCAGACAUCAGCUCUGUCCUGUGAUGAGGAGGCGCUGCCGUCGUGGCUGGAGGACAAACUGAAGGUGGAGUGGUCGAAGCAGCAGCUGGUCCUGAUGAGAGAAGAUGCUCAGAGGAAGUACAGGAGCGUCAAGUUCACAGAGUUGACCGUGGACCUGCUGAACUCCUUCUCCAGCUGCUCGGGGAUGGAUCUGAUCUUCGGGCUGAACGCUCUCCUCAGAACAGCCGACAACAGCUGGAACAGCAGCAACGCCGGCUCGCUGCUGCGGUACUGCGAGUCCCGAGGCUACGCCAUGUCCUGGGAGCUGGGAAACGAACCAAACAGUUUCGAGAAGAAGGCCGGGAUCCGAGUGGACGGAUCUCAGCUGGGACAGGACUUCACCCGUCUCCGAGAGAUGAUGUCAGAGUCCAAACUCUACCACGGCGCCGGACUGUACGGGCCGGACGUGGGCCAGCCGCGAGGCCACAGGAUCGACAUACUGGAGGGGUUCCUGUCGAGCGGAGCGGACGCCGUGGACGCCUGCACCUGGCACCAUUACUACGUGAACGGCAGAGACACGUCGCUGGAGGAUUUCCUGGAUCCAGAGAUUCUCGACUCGCUGAAGAUAAAGACCAAAGAAGUUCUGCAGAAAGUACAGAUGGCGUCCCCGGGGAAGGGGGUGUGGCUCGGAGAGACGAGCUCGGCGUACGGAGGAGGAGCCUUGGGUCUGUCCGACGCGUUCGUCGCAGGUUUCAUGUGGCUGGACAAACUGGGCCUGGCUGCCACGCUGGGCGUGGACGUGGUGAUGAGGCAGGUGCUGAUUGGUUCAGGAAGCUACCACCUGGUCGACAACAACCUGGACCCACUUCCUGAUUACUGGCUGUCUCUUCUCUACAAGAGACUCGUGGGACCGGAGGUUUUGAAGAUCGAGGCGUUUGCUGCUGUCGGCCGCAGCAAGAGAGUGCGAGUGUAUCUGCACUGCUCCAACACAAAGAGCUUCAGCAGCGGAGCGCUCACGCUGAUGUCUCUGAACCUGAGUGAGGAACCAGCCCGGAUCUGGGCUCCGGCUCUCGGCUCCUCCGGCACAGUGGAGGCGUUUGUCCUGCAGGCCGACCGGCCCGGGGAGGAGGGGCUCUACUCCAGGUCUGUGAAGCUGAACGGAGACGUGUUGAAGAUGGUGGACGAUCAAACUCUCCCCGACCUGAGAGGAGAGCGUCUCCCUCCAGCUGAGCACCUGCAGCUUCCUGCCUACUCGCUGGCCUUCUUCGUGUUCCCAGACGCUCGAGCCGCCGCCUGUCACGACCCCGGACGCCACCGAUGACGCCGCGGUCACGCA